CAAACAUCGCAAUUUGCUUUUCUGUGGCGUUUCUCCUUGGGAAUUGAACAAGCUCGCUUCCGUCCUGUUUUUUCACGUCUACGCAAUAGGCGUCUUAUUUCUCCAUGGCAUUGAUUGUAACCUUCCCAAGUGGUGUCUGUCUGUUUGCCUGUGGUAGGCCAAUGUGAUGGUGGUGGUGGUUGGUGGGCGUGAUGCGGGCGGGACCAGCCGUGUCCGACCCAGCAUUUCGACUCAGUGGAGGACCACGCGCGGGGGGGACGACUUUACUUUUUGCGCCGGACUCCAUGCGAACUGCAUCAUCCAUCUACAUAGAUGCCUACAUACACAGCACGGCAUACAAGGUACUCUGUACCUUGAGGACCAAUUGACAGCAAUAGCAUCAACGGCAUUUACAGAAAGUGUUGGCUGGCAUGCAGCGAGAAAGGGUUGGGGUUGGCCACUUGUGCCUCUUCUAUUUCGGACGCAACCCCAGACUCGGAUACAGAUAAAAGGGCGAUUUAUUGGGGGAGAAGUAGAGAGGAGAGGGGAAAUAGAUCGAUCAUCAUUUACCUACCUUGCCUACUACAUGCCUGGCCUGUCGGUACGUAUGUCUGGCUGUCUGUCCAUCUGUACAGUGUAUGUAUGUUUGUUUGCCUGCCUGCCUUACAAGGAAGUAUGUAAAAAUAAGGAUCCAACGGACUCGUGGUGAAUUAAUCUAUCUCAUUCAUGCCCCCCGUUCUCAUGGGGCAUCGAACCCCCUGAGGUUUGUCCUUUGGUGCCCUGGGCCUUUCCCAUGGCAUUGGAUAGUAUAUGUGUA